AUGGAAGGACUCCCUGGAGCAGCACUCGCUGAAGGAGAGGUAGUGUCACCGCCUGGGCUUGAGAAGAGCCUUGCGACGGCAGCGAGAAAGGCAGCGGCGGCGACCAAGACGUUCCCCAAGAGGAAGCAUGUGCGGAGGCUGAUUCUGGCGUCGUACGAGGCAGCGUCUGGCCUGAGCAUCGUGUGGCACAUACUGAAGGCGCGGAAGAUGAAGGAGUCUGUCGGGGUGGCGGCCAAGAGUCUUGCUGUUAUUCAUACCCUGUCCAUCGAAGGUCAUCCGCAGGUCUCGCUCGACAUCUUUGCUCUCAACGAUCUGCUCAUCGACAUCCAGGCCUUCUUCAAGGCGCAGAUCGCCUCGCCGUAUGGUCCUUACUGUGAGCUCGUUGUCGAGCAUGCUGCUUUUGUCCGUGACAAAGCCAUCUUUAUGAACCGGUUCCCCAUCUUUGUUGGCUUCAAGGCUGCCGACGAGCUCCGCCGGGCACACGUCGAGUCGUUCCCGGCGCGGUACCAGGCGUACGUCGUGGCCGGCCUCAUGGAUCUGCUUGACCACACGGUGCGGAUGCAGACGCUGCUGUUUGCCGCUCCGGCGCCCGGCGAGGCCAUUCCCGAGCCGUUUAUGGCCUUUGCCGAGCCGACCAUCCACGAUGCCUUUGUCUUCUUCUCCUACGCAAAGGCCUUUAUGGUCCAUCUGGUCUCGACCUCGCGCCCGCAGCCCGACGAGCUCGCCGACGUCGUCGCCUACCUCUCGGAGCGCUUUUUUGCGCUAUACACCUCGCUCCGGUCGUUCUUCUAUGACAUGUCGACGCUUAAGCCGCUCGCCGCCAUCGUUGACAUCCCGGUCCUCGGCGCCGACAUGCCCAUCCUCGCGCUGCCCGACUAUGACGCCCGCGCGCUGGCGACUUCUUCGGCUGCCACCCCGCCGACCACCCCGGGCGCUGCGCCGCCAGCCAACGAUCCGCUCUGGCACCAUGUCGUCACCAACUACGGCGGGAAGAGCAAGUCGAAUCCGACGACGCCGACGUCGUCGGCUAAGAAGAAGAAGAAGGCCAAGAAGAGCGACUGGCUCUUCAGCAUGCCCGAGGACGCCGUCUCGCGGCCGCCGCUCCCACUGCCCUCACCGACGGCAACACCCACAGCGACGCCCGCCGCAGCGCCGGCAGCCACCGUUGUGGCGCCGCCCGCCGACACGCUCAGCUCUUCGCGAUCGACUCCGCUCCUUGACCUCGAGGCGCUCGACUGGGCCGCGGUCACCGAUGUGACUGCCGAGGCUGCGCCAGCGCCUGUCGUCAACAGCAAGCCUUCCGAGGCUCCUCAACCCAGCACACCAGGCGAUACCGCCGCGGCGGCCUUUGAUUGGGUCUCGCAGGCGCUGCCGACGCUCGAGACCUCGCUUGUGCGCGUCGAGUCGGCCCCGGUGGCAGCGCCGCCUGCCACGGCGACAUCCCCAGCCGCAGCAGCUGCGCCUGGAGCUCAGCCGGAAGGUGCUCCAGACUCGGACAGCCUGGAAGCAGUCCAUGCACAGCUUGUCCAGUCGACGGCACUGCUGGAGAGCUCGGAAGAGCGGGCGCGGUUCGAGCAACGCGAGCUUGUUUCGGCGAUUCUGGCGGGCAUGCGCGAGAACAUCGACGCGGCAGCAGCGUCGCUCCCGCUACUCUCGUCGGCGCGGCCCGGGCUUGACGCAGUUCUCUCUGCGCUGCGGGAGGCGUCGGGCGCACUGCGGGCGCUGGCCUCGCUUGACAGCCACCUGCCGUAUCCCGAGUAUGCAGCGACGCAGCUGCAGCGGUCGGUGACGCUCUCGCGCGCGCUGACCGACCUCAUGGGAGCUACCAAGACGGCGCUGGCGAUGGCCGACAAUGCGGGCGGACCCGAGGCGUCGCGGGCGCUGGCGGCGGUGCGUGCGUUUGCCAUUGUGGCCGCCGGCGGCCUGGAUGGUGCCGACGGCGCCUUGGCUACACUUGAGAAGAGUGCAGCGCUCGAAAAUGCGGCGCAUGUUGCGCUCGACGCGGCGCUCGCUCGCGGAGAGCAAGUCCCCGCAGUGGCGCCAGACGCGGCACCAGACUCGGGGUCUGCACUCGCGCUGGCGACCGAGUCCGAGUCGGAGUGGGAGCUGGAGACUUCGUCGUCCGACUCGGACGAGGAGAUCGACGACUUGUUGGUGGCGUGGCCGGGCGGUGCGACACAGCCGGGCCGGCCGUCGUCGUUUGGCGACGAGCUCGCCGAGGUGGCGGCGCAAGUGCAGGCGAUUGUGGACCGACUGCAGGCAAGCGUGGCAGCUCUAGAGGCGCGGGGACGGGCAAGCGGCGAUGCGCCCGACGCGCCUGUCUUUGCAGCGUCGAUGGACAUUGCGCAGGGCAUCGCGGCGCUGGUGAGCGCGGCGACUGAGGUACAGAAGCAAGUGGCCGAAGCCGAGGCCGAGGCCGAGCCUACGGGGGCGAGCUCGACGAACCCGUUUGCCAAGCCAUCGCGAUCAAGCGCUGCACAGCGGCGGUACGUGGAAAACCAGAUGUACUGUGAGGGCCUCAUUUCGGCGGCUCGGCACUGCGGGAGCGCGACCGAGGCGCUUGUGGAGGCGUGCGAAGAGGUGGUGGCCGGGAGCGGCUCGGUCCACGCCGCCGAAGCGCGGGCCAAGCUGGUCAAGUCGUCGAUCUGCCAGAUUUUGGCUGCGUCGCGGGCCAAGACCGAGCCGGGCUCGGAGCUGCAUGCCUCGCUCGGGCGCGCGAGCUCUGCGGUCGAUGGCGCGGUUGCGGGCCUGCUAGUCGCGCUCCGCGCUGCGGUCGCUGCCCGAGGCCCGGGCACGCCCGAGGCUCAAGCUGGGCCGCCGACCUCGCUCACCCGCGCCCGCAUCCAGGAGAUGGAGCUGCAGACUAAGAUCCUCCAGCUCGAGGAUGAGCUGUCUAAGACAAGGGCGCAGCUGGGUGCGCUGCGGCGGGCGCAGUACGCGGCGGCGGCGAGUGGCGACGCCUGA